GGGCCGGACUCCUCGGCUCCGGCUCGGCGUCAGCGGCGCGCGCGAGGCCGGCGCGGCUGGCGAGCUCGGAUCUCCGGGCUUUACUCGCGGCAUGUCGGUCAUCUUCGCCCCUGACUGGCUUCGCGGCAAGGCCAAGGUCAACCAGGAGACCAUCCAGCGGCUCCUGGAGGAGAACGACCAGCUGAUCCGCUGUAUCGUGGAGUAUCAGAACAAGGGCCGAGCGAACGAGUGCGUCCAGUACCAGCAUGUCUUGCAUAGAAAUCUCAUUUAUUUAGCUACCAUCGCAGAUGACAACACAAGCAGCCUUACAAAGGCGGUGGAGUAAUCUUCCAGGAGGCUCCUAUGAGGCGUGACUGGAUGGAGCCCAUCUCCUGUGAAUUAGAGACAGAAUUGUUAGUAACUAAGCAACUUAGAACAUGGGCGAAAUGUCCAUGCUUCCUUUUAGACUGUGAAGAAAGUUCUACUAAUUCUCCUGUAUUCUUAGUGUAAAUAUUUUAGUAAUAAAGCAGACCCCACAGUAAGACCGAUCCAAGGUACGUGACAACAGUGCUAUUAUCAUUGUCAACAAAAUCAAUCGUGCUUCUUAAUUAGUGCCGUGUAAUAAUAAAUGAGGUGUGGCCGUC